ACACACACUCACCUACAGACACACACACACACACCUACAGACACACACACCUACACACACACACACACACACACACACACACACACUCACCUACAGACACACACACACACACCUACAGACACACACACCUACACACACACACACACACCUAGAGACACACACACACACACCUACAGACACACACACACACAGACACAGACACUAAUACACACUCACCUACAGACACACACACCCACACACACACACACACUCACCUACAGACACACACACCUACACAUACACACACCUACACACACACACACACCUACAGACACACACACACACAGACACAGACACUAAUACACACUCACCUACAGACACACACACACACACACACCUAGACACACACACUCACCUACAGACACACACACCUACACAUACACACACCUACACACACACACACACCUACAGACACACACACACACAGACACAGACACUAAUACACACUCACCUACAGACACACACACACACACACACCUAGACACACACACUCACCUACAGACACACACACCUACACAUACACACACCUACACACACACACACACCUACAGACACACACACACACAGACACAGACACUAAUACACACUCACCUACAGACACACACACACACACACCUACACACACACACACACACCUACAGACACACACACACACAGACACAGACACUAAUACACACUCACCUACAGACACACACACACACACACACCUAGACACACACACACACCUACAGACACACACACACACACAGACACAGACACUAAUACACACUCACCUACAGACACACGCACUUACGCAUACACACACACACACCUACACACACACCUACACACACACACCUACACACACACACCUACACACACACACCUACACACACACACACGGCAAGCAUUAAAAAGACAGCAAGACAAACAGGAAGUGUUCCUUUCACAACAAACCUCCCUUCCUGUUUCCACACCGACUUUGUUUCUUCACCUGCGGCCCGGCGGUCGUCAGGGUCCAGAAGACCACGUGACCCGGGGAGAAACUUCCUUGCCAUGGCAACCACCCUCCCCAUGGCGGCAGGAAGUGUGGCGAGAGGAAGUCGGGCCAGGAUCCACAGAGCGCUCGUCCUCCUCGGCGAGUCAAACCUUCCGGCUGAUCAUGUCCAUCAUCGUGAACUUCGACUACGGUUAUUUCGACCUCCUCAAUGACUCCGCCCACAGCAACCACACGGUGUUCGUGGUGGAUCCCGGCACGCUGCCGUGCGAGGUGCGGCCCCUGGACGCCCGCGCCGCCACGGCGCUGAGCGUGCUCCUGGUGGCCAUCUUCCUCCUGGCCAUCCCCGGGAACCUGCUGGUGGCGUGCGUGAUCGCGCACAGUCGGCGCACGCUGACGCCGUCCGACGUGUACCUGUUCCACCUGACGCUGGCGGACGGGCUGAUGGCGCUGACCGUGCCUUUCUGGGCGGCGGCGCUGACUCAGGGCUGGAUCUUCGGCGACGGCAUGUGCAAGGCGCUCAACCUGAUCUUCGAGACCAACUUCUACAGCAGCAUCCUCUUCCUGGCGUGCAUCAGCGUGGACCGCUACCUGGCCAUCGUGCGCGCCAACCAGGCCCUCGGGAGCCAGCAGAGGAAGUGCAGCCGGCUGGUGUGCGGCGCCGUGUGGGCCCUGGGGAGCGCCCUGGCUCUGCCCGCGCUCUUCAACGACGCCGUCCGAGCGGACCAGGACUCGGACAGGAUGUCGUGCUCCGAGAGCUUCGACGUGGGCAGCGCCCCCGUGUGGAGGAUCGCCACGCGCGGUUUCCGACAUUUUUUCGGCUUCCUGCUCCCCCUGGUGGUCAUGGUGGUCUGCUACGGCGUCACCGUCGCCAGGUUGCUGCGCACGCGGGGCUUCCACAAGCACCGCGCCAUGCGGGUCAUCGUGGCCGUGGUGGUGGGCUUCCUGCUGUGCUGGACCCCGUACCACCUGGCCCUGAUGGCGGACACCAUCUUGAGGGCGGAGCUGGUCCGCUUCGACUGCGGCGAGCGGCGGGCGGUCAGCACGGCGCUGCUUCUGAGCAACAGCUUAGCUCUGCUGCACAGCGGCAUCAACCCGCUGCUCUACGCCUUCGUGGGCAAGAAGUUCCGCAAGAACAUGAGGACCCUCCUGCACAGGAAGGUCGGACCGGAAGGAGCGUCCGGCUCCAAGUUCAGCAGGUCCACAUCUCAGACCUCCGAGGGCCACGGCGCUCUGGCCUGAAACGGGAGCUGGAGGACUGCGCCAAGGUCCGGGGCGCCCGACCUCUCCCACCCGGGGCCGCAGACAUUUCCCGGUUUUCACCUUCAGAACCAGGACAAUGCCUAGGUUUUCUUCACAGAGGUCCUUUAAAAGCCCAACUAAAAUGCUAACGGUUAGCACGAUGGCAAGGUAGGAAACAUAAAUAGAUAAAAGCUGGCAUGUUAACAGUACUAUGCUAACAUGCUAACGGUUAGCACGAUGGCAAGGUAGGAAACAUAAAUAGAUAAAAGCUGGCAUGUCGACAGUACUAUGCUAACAUGCUAACGGUUAGCACGAUGGUAAGGUAGGAAUAAUAGACAAAUGCUAGCAUGCUAACAGUACUAUGCUAACAGUUAGCAUCUGUGAAAUACCAAAAUAUAUGACACUGAUGUGUAUACCUGCUAAAUUAGCUACAAAAGCUAGUAUGCUAAUGUUAUCAUGCUAAAAUACAAAUUGUAGCACAUGUCAAGCACAUAAAAAGGAUUACUCUGCGAUGGGUACCAGAAAAAUGUGUUACAAAUGCAAACAUGGUAACGUUAGAAGACGUCAAGUAGCAAAAUAGAAAUGAACUAAAAGCUGGGAUUAAAGUGUGCAUGCUGACAGUACUAUGCUAAUAAUAGCAUGCUUACAGUUAGCAUCAGCAAAAUACCAAAAUAUAUGACAGUUUUUUUGAUCGAUUGAUACAUUUAUUAGUAGAUUGCACAGUACAGUACAUAUUAUGUACAAUUGACCACUAAAUGGUAACACCCCAAUAAGUUUUACAACUUGUUUAAGUCGGGGUCCACCUUCAUCAAUUCACUGAUGUAUAUACCUGCUAAAUUAGCUACAAAAGCUAGCAUGCUAAUGUCUGCAUGCUUACAUAUGAACAACAAACCUUAGUAGUCUGCCAUGUGUACCAGGAAGAUUUGGUAAAAAUGCUAGCAUGGUAACAUUAGCAUACAUCAAGUAACAAAAUAUAACUUAUUAGCUAAAAGCUGGCCUAUUAAGGUUAGCAUGCUAACAGGUAGCAUUCAUCAAAUAAAAAACCCCUGCAAAAUGAAGUCAAUAUUAGUGUGCUAACAAAUGCUAUACAUUAGCUCAACUUUGGACACCUGGGUCAUGUGACCUCACUAUUCAUGUGGCAAACAAUAAAAGCAGGAUGAAACCUUCA